AGCUGAGAGUGGCUAGGAAGAGGCCAAGUUGGAGUAAGAAAAACUCACUGGAGCCUUGUAAUUGCCAUCCCUGGUUUUGCGAGCCUGAAUGUAUGCAGCAUGUCAACAUGGAUGGAGAAUCUACCCUGAAUAUCUGCUAUUACUAGUGUUCCGCUGGAGUAUAGAGGGGAAACACCAUCCAAUGGCUCGUGUGGCAGAACUUCUAGAAGAUGCUUUUCUUGAGGUUUUCUUGGAGUUCUCUCACAAGGGAAGAAUUGUGAGGAUUGAUACUACCUGCCAAAUUAGGGGGAGUAUCUUGACGGUGGGAGAGUUUUGUUGUAGACGAAUCAGUGAUAGAGGUUGUUUUAAUUCGAGCUUGAGCUGGAUCGCUUCGAAUGCCUCCGAGAGAUCCAAUGUUGCAAGAGCCUCUCCAACGCUGUGCUAAUUCACGCACGCAUCCCGGCUGCCAAUGGCGAUACUUUCCUGGCAAACAAGCUUAUCGAGAUGUACGGGAGGUGCGGCAGCGUGGAGCAUGCCCGGAAGGUGUACGACAGCAUCGUGUCCAGAGAUACCUUCUCGUGCUCCUUGAUGCUCUCGGCAUAUGCCCGCAAUGGGCUUAUCUGCGAGGCCGAGAAGCUCUUUGGCGACGUCGAAAGGCCAGACAAGGCAGCAUGGACCAUCAUGCUGACGUUGUAUGCACAAAACGGGAAUAUAGGAGAUGCUUCGAAGAUCUUCCGAAAGAUGCCAGACAAAGACCUGGUUGCGUGGAAUGCUAUGGUUAAUGCAUAUGCCGAAACAGGGCAAAUGGAUACGGCAAAAGCGUUGUUUGAUUCCAUGCCGCUUCGAAAUAUCGCGACAUGGAACACUCUGCUCUCUGGGUUUUGUUACUCCGGUGAUAUUAAUUUAGCGAAGUGUGCUUUUGAGGAGAAUCCAGAGCCUAAUAUUCUAACCUGGACUGCCUUGCUUUCGGCAUAUGCCCAAAGAGGGUAUCUUGAUCACGCGAAAAAGGUGUUUGAUGACAUGCCUUUGAGGGAUAUAGUGGCCUGGAAUGCUUUGUUGGUGGCAAACGCAAAGGCAGGGCGUUAUGAAGUUACGCAAAAUCUAUUCUCCGAGAUGCCGGAGCACGAUCUUGUGGCUUGGAAUUCCAAGAUCAUAGCACACGGCCAAGCUGGGAAUCUGGAAGAUGCCAAGAGAAUUGUCUCCGAGGAGCUCCCCGUGAAAUCUCUGGCUUCAUUCAACGCACUUCUCUCUCUCUUCUCCAGAGAGAAUAAACGUUUUGAGGCAGAAGAGCUAUUCUUUACUGUCAUGCCAGAGAGAGAUCUCGUCGCGUGCAACCAUAUGCUAGCCUUGUACGCGGAGCUCCAAGAUUCCUCUACAUGCAAAAGGAUAUUCGAAGAGAUGCCCCAAAUAAACACCAUCUCUUGCAACUCCAUGCUCGUCGCAUUUGCCCACGACGGGCAUAUCCAGCACGCCAAAUCCCUGUUUGACGCGAUCCCCGACCCCGAUCUUGCCACGUGGACGGCGUGUGUCGCGUCGCUUGGCGAGGCGGGAAGCACCGACGCUGCCAAGGCGAUGUUUGACACAAUGCCAGCAUGGGACCUGGUGACGUGGAAUGCCAUGGUGUCUGCGUACGGCAGAGCUGGGCUCGUGCGUACGGCUGGUCAGCUGUUCGAUUCCAUGCCGGAGCACUCACUUGCAUUUGCGAACGCAAUGCUAUCGGCGCUGUGCCAAUGUGGGCAUUUGGAAGAGGCCAGAGAGCUCUUGGAGCGUUUACCCGAACGAGAUGUAAUCUCGUGGAGUGUGAUUCUUGGGUGUUGUAGCGAUCAUGGCAAGUUCGAGCAGGUGAGCGAGAUCUUUGAAUCAAUGCCGGAGCACGAUUCUAUCUCUGCCACAGCUAUCGUCGCCGCAAAUGCUCGCAGAGGGCAUCUGGAUGAUUCGUUUCGAGUGUUCAGAUCUAUGGCGGAGCACAAUUGCAAUGCUGUGGCGGCUCUUAUCACAGGGCUUGGGAAGUCUGGCAAGUUACUUGAUGCAAAGACGAUGUUUGAUGAGAUUCCAUUCAAGAACGCAGUGGUCUGGACUGCGCUUGUCACGGCUUAUGCCUUACAAGGGCAUGUUGAGGACACGAUGAUCUUGUACGACAGGUAUAUGCCAGAGCAUAGUCUUGUGUGUGGAACCUCUGUGAUCGGUGUUCUUGGGCGAAGCGGCUGUUUAGAUGAAGCUAGAUGUGUUUUCAAGAGCUUUCCAAGCCGCGAUUCUUUAGCUGUGAGUUCCAUGAUAUGGGCUUAUGCCCUGAAUGGGUAUCUAGGCAAAUCAAGAGAAGUGCAUGAUCUUUGGAGAGACCCGAGCUUACUGUCCUGGAAAGCCAUGCUAGAAGCUUAUUCUCAUGCUGGUAAAGUCAUCGAAGCGAAGAGGGUGUUUGAUCAAUCUCCGGAAAGAGAUGUUUCGUUUGAUGCUUUGAUGGUUGCUGCAUACGCCCGGGGCGGAGAUCUAGAUCAAACGCUUGAGUUUUUCUUUUCCCUUGACGAGCUAAACGAGAGCUGCUUCAUUUGGAUCCUCGUUUCAUGCAGCCGCUCCGGCAAAGUCUCCACGGGGAUCCGACUCUUCGUCUCCAUGGUUGCGGAUUUCUCCUUGAAUCCUUCCAAGCAACACUACAGUUGCGUUGUUGAUCUCCUGUGCCGAGCCGGGCAUCUGGGCGACGCUCGAGAGCUAGUCAAAAGCAUGCCUUUUGUGCCGGACGGCCUGGAGUGGAGAUGCGUGCUUGCAACGCACGGACCGAUCGAUGAUGCCACAGUUGCAGCACACUCUACUUUGGAUGUGAAUCCGGAUCACGGUGCUGCCUAUGUGCUUCUCGCAAAUGCGUCGAUGGAAGCAAAGCGAUAGCCAUUUCUUCUUCGCAAGCAAGAAGAAAGCAAGCCUUUCGAAUCAAGGAAAGCUAAAGCUAGAAGAAAACUAAGACAAUGAGAUCCCAGGUAGAUCUCCGGGUUUUCAAGGUCUUCAAGGCGGGCAUCUUAUCUCCUGACUGAGCACAGAGCGUGACACUUAGUGGG